AUGUACGUCGUUGUAACCACUACGCCCAUUGCUACAGGAACACCCUCCUUGGCUAUCAAGAAUACAUUCACCCGUCGCUUAAUGACACUUAUAGUCCUCAAAACGUACGCUCGCUUCUACAAUCACGAUGGACCCUGCAUAUCCAUCUCCAAAUCUCUCAUCGUCAAGAAGGGCCCAUUCGUCCAUCUCACCGAAGCAGCUACCAUGCAAUUUGUCGCUGCCAAUACUUCUAUUCCUGUACUGGCUGUUAACUGUUCGUUCGUACAUAAGGACCGAGCAUAUAUAAGGCCUGGAAAACUCUCUGCUGCUGAUCUGUCAGACAUCUUCGCCCAACUUCGGCGCAUAUUUCAGGUACUACGGGCUCUUGUGCCACCGGAUGAGGUGGGGGUCCAGAGCUGUUUGGGCGGUUCAUUACGUGACUCCCGGAUACCGCGCUCAAGGCCUCGAUUUGGGCCCUUCAAGACGAUCCAGGAUUUCCAUCGAUGGUUACGGGAAGACCUCGAGCCUGACAACCAUCCAGAUCGCUUCAAGGGACAGUUUUGGAAGGAGAUAAAGGAAAUGCCGGUGUUCACGCAUGGAGACCUUAACCCUUUUAACAUCUUGGUGCGGGGCGACCAAGUCGUUGGUAUCAUUGAUUGGGAGUUUGCUGGGUGGUAUCCGUGUUACUGGGAGUAUACCUCGGCAUGGUAUGGAAAUCGUAUUUGGCAGGGCCGGCAAGAGUUACUUGCGAAGUUCUUGGAUGCAUAUCCUACAGAGCUGGAGAUGGAGAAGACAAGGCAAAGAUGGUGGGGUGAUUUUUGA